GCAGACGAGCUCGAAGAAGAAAUCCAAAGUCCUUCAAUGAGAUAACUUUCCUAUUUUAAAACGUACAAUUCGUAAUUACAUAAAGUAUUCCUAACGAAAUGAGCAAGUUAUUCAGAAUGGUCAUCCUCGGAGCGCCGGGAUCGGGAAAAGGGACGAUAUCCAGCAGAAUUGUCCGGGAUUUUGGGUUGAAACACCUGUCAAGUGGAGACUUACUCAGGGCACAGAUCCUCAAGAAAACCGAAAUCGGCCUUGCUGCGCAGUCUUACAUGAAAGGAGGGCAGCUGGUGCCUGAUGAUGUUAUGGUGAAACUCAUAUCCUCGGAACUAUCAGGGUUGAACACCUCACCCUGGCUCCUGGAUGGCUUUCCACGCACACGUCCACAGGCUGAGGCUCUGCACAACAAUCAGAAGCUUGAUCUGGUCCUGAGCCUUGAAGUGCCUGACGACGUCAUAGUGGACCGCAUCAAGGGUCGCUGGACCCACCUUGCUUCAGGAAGGAUCUAUCACACAGAGUUCAAUCCACCCAAGGUUCCGGGCAAGGAUGAUGUUACAGGAGAAGCCUUAGUUCAAAGGGAAGAUGACAAACCUGAGUCAGUGCGGCACCGCUUGGAGGUGUAUGCCACCAACACGAAGCCACUGAAGAAAUUUUAUGAGGAUCUGGGCAUCCUGCAAGUCUUCCAUGGAACAGAAUCCAACGAGAUCUGGCCUCGUGUGCACAAGUACAUGCAGAGGCACAUUCCAGCCAAGAGUGGCCCCUUUUAAGCCUGGAAGGAUGUCAGGAGACUUUCUGAGUCUCUCAAUACAACCUGAAGCUGCUGGUUAUCUGAACCACAGAGUGCUAUUACAUUAAUUCAUAUAUGCUAUGUUGUUGCUUAUUUGUUACUUCUUUUGAUUUUUGGUUAUUAAUUGCAGAUGAUGUGAUGUGUAAUAAAUAAAGUAAAUGCCAUUUCUCAAUGUUCAGAAGGAUUUUUGUUAAAGGGCAAAUGAGCAUUUUGAUUAGGGCACGCUAUGAGAAAUAAAAAUAUUGUUACAACUGAUACCGUAAUGUAGAUUUAUAUUUCUUAUUCUUAGAAAUGGCAAUUCUAUUUUAUGCUACAUAUCUUUUCUUUGUCAGAAAUGUUUUUUUUUGUUUGUUGUUGUUCAGAUAUGUAUUUUGCAUGAGAAAUAGUCAUUCUGUUUUAUUUUUUAAGGGUCAUAUUGGUGCAUAUGCCUGGUGCUGCAAUUUUAUUGUGUAUGGGCUAAGCUAUAUAUUUUGUGUGUCAUAAUGUAUUUUAUAGAAGUAUACAGAAUAUUUCUAUUAUUUUGGGCAAAUCUAUCACAAGACAUGAAACCCUUUUACUUUUUUAUAUUCCUCCCUUUUUUCCUCCUUCUUUACUCUUCUGCAAGGGACAGUUAUAUAUGUUUGUAUACGUACACUUCACAGCAUUUGUGAUACAUCUCAGGAAUAAAGAAACUGCAUGAUUGUACAUUGAAGUGUUAUACAGAUGAUGAUUGAGUUAAUUUAACAUGUAACUAAAUGAGAGAUAGAGAUAUCAAGAGGCAAGCAUUGUGCAGUUUUAGCCAAGCAGUUUUGUGUAUGGUCUGUAGAUAAAAGGAGAGUAAUUUUGUAUGUUAAAUUUCUCAUUGUAUAUAAUUGCUGGUAUGGAAAAGAAUUAUGCUAUUUAAACAUAAUCAGGUGAUCUUUUAGCUAUCGGACUCUCAAAUUUUCAGGUUUUUGUUUUUUUCUCUCUUUCUCUCUUUCUCUAGAAUAUAUUCAUAACACUUUAUGGUGCAUUGGUAUUACCAGUGUUUGUCUUCCAUUAAUACAAAUUAGAGUAUUAAUAUCAAAAGCUUGGAACUUUUUAAAUGAUUUUGUGUAUAUUUACCCAAUACAUUCUAUAAUAAAUUUUAACAGAAAAUAUUUU